AUGCACAUCUCACUCACUAUGUUCUACCAGGUUGACAAUGUGACCUUGACUCGCCGCGGUGAGCAGGUCGAUGGUACUCUCCAUCUCACCCCUCACCACCUCAUAUUUUCGCAUACCCCCACGAUCUCUCCCGAGGACCAGAUCAAGGGCGUGACGACCAGACCGAGAGAGCUUUGGAUCACGUACCCCAUCAUAGCCUUUUGUACGUUGCGACCGGCUCCCGCGAUCUCCCGCCAGCUUUCCUCCAUCCGCCUACGAUGUCGAGACUUCACAUUUGUCUGCUUCUACUUUGUAAAUGAACACAAAGCCCGCGAAGUAUUCGAAAGCAUUAAACAGUGGACAUGCAAAUCGAGCCGCAUUGAUAAGCUGUACGCUUUUAGCUACCAGCCGCCCCCUCCCGAGAAGGAGUUCAAUGGGUGGGAUCUGUAUGAUGCGCGCAAGGAAUGGGCGCGCCAGGGUGUCGUCAAGGAUGAUCAGUGGCGCUUAUCAGAGAUAAACAUGAAUUAUGAGUUCUCUCCAACCUACCCUGCUAUUAUACCCGUGCCUUCUUCCAUCUCCGACAAUACACUCAAUUACGCAGGGCGGUAUCGAUCUCGCGCAAGAAUACCUACCUUGACGUACUUCCACCCCGUCAAUAAUUGCACCAUCACCCGAAGUUCGCAGCCGCUGGUCGGUGUUCGUCAGAACCGAAGCAUCCAAGAUGAAAAGCUUAUGUCUGCUAUCUUCUUGACAUCUCGCUCUGAGCGGCCCUUGGCUGCCUUUUCGCAGUAUCCAGAAAAGGAAGCAGGCUCAAGCCGUGGAAGUCCAGAAACAAGUCAGGUGAUGGUCCCAGAGUUGAACGCCGAGGAACUAGAGGAUGACCUGAUGGCCGCCGCCAGUGGGGACCCCGAAGAGAAUCGCUCGGUUUAUGGUGCCCAGCAAUCAAAUUUGAUCGUAGAUGCUCGACCUACCGUCAAUGCAUUUGCCAUGCAAGCGGUUGGGCUUGGUUCUGAGAAUAUGGACAACUACAAGUUCGCUACCAAGGCCUAUCUUGGUAUUGAUAACAUCCACGUCAUGCGAGAUUCGCUGAACAAAGUGAUUGAUGCCCUCAAAGAUUCAGAUGUGACUCCACUUGGACCUAACCGUGACCAGCUCGCGCGCAGUGGCUGGCUGAAGCACAUUGGCGGGAUUUUGGAGGGGGCCCGGUUGAUUACUAGGCAGGUCGGCCUUACUCAUUCCCAUGUUCUUAUCCAUUGCUCUGAUGGUUGGGACCGCACGAGUCAGCUCAGUGCACUGAGCCAAAUAUGCCUGGACCCAUACUUCCGAACGCUGGAAGGCUUCAUGGUUCUCGUGGAGAAAGACUGGCUUUCGUUUGGACACAUGUUCCGCCAUCGCUCCGGUCAUCUGAACAGCGAGAAGUGGUUCCAAAUCGAGAACGAGCGCAUCGGCGGUGACCCCAACCGCGCCUUUGGUGAUGGCGGCGGUGCAGGAAAGGCCCUCGAAAAUGCAUUCCUCAGCGCCAAAGGAUUCUUCAACCGGGAUAACAACAGCAAGGACUCUUUGCCGGAUUCCGAUGGCGAGCUUCAAAAUUACGAGUCUGACACGCCGAAGAAGCCCAGUGUACCUCGCUCUGGUCCUGAAAAAGAGGUCACCAAACCGAAAGAGACAAGUCCUGUGUUCCAUCAGUUCUUAGACGCCACCUACCAGCUGCUCCAUCAACACCCAACCCGCUUUGAGUUCAACGAGCGUUUCCUACGUCGUCUUUUAUACCACCUUUACUCGUGUCAAUUUGGCACGUUCUUGUUUAACAGCGAGAAAGAGCGAGUCGAUUGCAGGGCUCGGGAUCGCACCCGGAGUGUUUGGGACUAUUUCCUUGCUCGUCGGGAGCAAUUCACCAACCCUUUGUAUGAUCCUGUCAUUGAUGACCAUCAGAGGGGGAAGGAACGACUUAUAUUCCCCCGGGUGAGCGAAACGCGAUGGUGGAAUGAGGUAUUCGGCCGAACAGACGCCGAGAUGAACGGGGUCGUGAACGGACCCCGUUCCCCUGCGACACCUCCUACUCAAAGCGAGAAUCACACAGAAAGAUCAUCGGUCUUAACGGGGAUAGAGACACCGACCCAGUCCAAUGAUGCUCCAGGCACAUUCGUGCCUGAUGUUGCGUCUGCAGGAAUGGCUGCGGUGACGUCGGGAGUUUCUAAGCUUGCAUUCGCACCAGAACGGGACACGAAGUCGAAGGAGGUGGAGGUUGAGAUGCAAUAA